AUGGCGACAGCUUCAAAGAUUUACCUGGACACGACGGAGCAUCCCGUGUUCAGCACGCAGCUCCGCAAAGACUCCGCCGAGACGACCAGUCAGCUGCUCCAGGAAAACCACGAAGAGCACCACAUCUUCUUCAACCAGUCCGGCUUCCAUAACCACAUAGUCCACCACCUCCUGACCCUCUACUCCCUGUCCGCCCCUCCAUCCACCCUCCAAAGCCACUAUAAAAACAACGCCUCAUACCAGCGCCCCCCGGUCUCUUCUUCUGCAACUACCGUGCACGGCCUCCACGACACCGAGACAUUUGCCCAGUUCCUCGGUGAUGAGGCCCACUACCACGACUACCUCCUCUUCUUCCAGUCCGAAAUCGAAGCCAAAGGAUGGAAAGCCGUCGUGAACGAGUACCUCUUCGCAGGCGACGCGCGCGCAGACGACCUGCUCGUGCGCCUAUUCGCAGGCUUCCUGCACCCGCUCAUCCAUCUAGGAUUUGGAGUCGAGUUUGCGCAGCCGGCAGUGAUAGCGGAGGCGCUAGCGCAGACUGCAGUGCACGAUUGCUGGAUUGGGGAUUUUCUGCUCGAGAGCGAGCGCUUGGCAAGGGAAAAGCGGGAUGAUGGGCGAGAGGAGACGUUGGUAGGCCUGCUGGAUGACAUCAGGAAGGACAAGAAGCUUUCUUCCUCGGCGCACUGGGGCGACAGCAACAAGAUCCGCGACGGAAUCCUCAAGCGCGCGCCCGAGGAGAUGUGCAAGCUCGCGAGCAGAUACAACGUCUCCCCGACCGCUACACCCGACGAGCUCGAGCAGAAGACCGCCGAAAUGAUCAACGCCUGCGCCUACUUCACCUUAACAGCGCAGAACCCCCAAGCCAACAAACCGCCCAAAUUCGACUUCUUCUACAUGCACAGCCUCAACAGCAGCAUCUUCUUCCCGCCCCUGCUCGCACAAACGCAAUCCUGGCUCCCGCCCUCCGCCUACGCCCGCCUCCUCGCCUGGAAAGCCCGCACAGACCUCGCGCUGUACGUCUCGCGCGGCGCGCCGCCGCUGUACCCUGCCGUGCUCGCCGCCCCGCCCGCCACGCCCCGCAGCGACGGAAGCGACAGCAGCGUUGGCAGUGCCAAGCACGACGACGAGCACGCGCGAUGGACGCAAGCGCUGCAGUGCGCGACGCAAAUCCAUGAUGAUGGGCACGCGUCGAAGCUGCUGCGCGCGCUGGCUGCGGGAAGAGAGGUGUGUCGCCCCUUUGAGCACAGUGAUGAGUUCCCAGUCAAAGGCGACAUGUGGGUCCGGGGCGCGGGGCUCGUGCUCGAGAGCGUGGAGGACGUGGUUGAGGGCCGUGGGGCCGAGGGCGAGCCGUCUUGGGUUAGGGGCUGUGGCUUCCCCGAGGCGUGGGAGAAGGUGCCGGAGGCGGAGGAGAGGUUUUGGGAGGGGGUUGGUGUGAACUUAGGUGUGGAGAGGGGUGGUGAUGGGAGAGAGGGGAGAGAGGGGAGGGAGGGCAGGGAGGGCAGGCUGUGA